UUCUUUUCGUGUUCUAGAAAGAAGAUGUCGUGUAGGAUGUUCGGGUAUAAAUAUCGGGAAGAUCUGAUCCUCAGGAUCAAUCCUGGUCUUCCCUCUGACAUCUGUGUUGUACAACAACCAACAACUCAUCAGAAAUCAUGAGAUUCUUUCUGUUACCUCUUCUUUUGGCCACCAGUGCCAUGGCUGCAAAUAUGGGGAUGAGUCUCCAUGGCAACGCCUACAACUUCGGCUACGCUACCGGUGAUGCUGGUGGACACAGCAGGGCCGAAUCCGGCAGCGGAGGAGCAGUAGCUGGUAGCUACAGCUACAUUGAUGCCAACGGAGACCAACGUACCGUCCACUACACAGCUGGACCAGAUGGAUUCAAGGCCAGCGGAGACACUGGAGUGGACAGGAAGACCGCUGCUGCUGCAGCUGCCAUGGCCGCUCUCGCCCCCAAAGCACCUCCCGCAGCUGCACCCAUUGCACCUGUCGCAGCCCCAGUAUACCAUAACGCAUUCUUACCAUAUGGGGCAUAUAAUCCUUAUGCUUAUGCCCACUCUAAUGGAUAUGUUGCACACUGGUAAAAAAGAACCGUAAAUGAAGGGAUUCUAAAUGAAGCCGAUUCUUCAGUCCUGGUAAAAUUUAAUGUCGUUUCAGCUUUUUAACAUCUCCCACAAAAAACCUCUGAGAUCUAUCUCUUCCUUGCAAGUAUCUUGAAAAUGCAAAAUGUCAGUUAUUUUUACUUCUUCAAGAUAGUGUAAUUUCAUUUCUGAUUAUGUUUUGUGUUCUAUCUACAACCCUCGAUUAAUUUAUAUUCGUCUGUUAAAUGUCCCUCAAUCUAGUCCUUUAAGUUAUUUUUAAAUCCGCUUCAGCUAAAACAUAUGACAAACUUUAAUUUUGAAUGUUGACACAAUAGAGUUUUUUUCAAAUAUCAGCUGUAAAUGACAUUGAAAAAAUUACCAUGGAGAGUUAGUUUUCAUUUUAGAAUCCUUCGCUCUCCACAAUUCUGGACCGAUGACUCUGGACUGAUAUGUAAAUUUCAUUUUAAAAUCAUUCAUGAUAUUAGAUUUCAUUCAUACUUUGCUAUGUUUCAUCCAAAAGAUUAUUUAAAUUUAAAUAUUUGUGCUUGCUGAUACCGUGCUUUGCAAAGUUCGAAUCAGUCCAAUAGUUUCUUUCGCUAUCGUUGUUCUACACAACUUUGGGAAUUUGGUGAACUGAUAAAGCUCUCGAUAAGUGAUAAGUCUAUUUAUGUACUGCUGAUGGUGCUGCAAAAUUUCAUUGUAAACAAUGAGAAAAUAAACUGUGAUUUUAUUUCAAA